AUGUACAAUGGUACACAUAUGGCAUGGUCUGAUGCUCGACAAUAUUGUAUUAAUGAUGCAAACACAUUAGGAAUUAAUCAAACAGGUUAUAUUACUCAUUUGGUUGCAUUGGAAUCGGCUACUGAAAUAAAAUCGUUAUUUUUUUGGAUGAAAGCUUGGGGCAUACAAAGUCAAUUUUGGAUUGAUGGUGUUGUUGUGUCAUCAUCAUGGAGUUGGUCAAAUCAAUCAAUAACAUGGUAUUUCAAUUCAAGUGAUCAAAUACUUAAUCGUAAUGGAUCAUAUUAUCAAAUUUUCUAUGAUACAGCUCAGACUACUUAUGACAUAAGUGAUGAUAUCAAUAAUAAAUUAUUACCUUUUAUUUGUGAAUAUCAAGAACAAUGUGAAACAAAUAAUGCAUGUCAAAAUAAUGCCACAUGUUAUUUAAAUGUUGGUCGAGAACUUUGUAUUUGUGCAGCAGGAUUUACUGGAGCAAUGUGUGAACAACAAAUUGAUGAAUGUUUAUCGUCACCCUGUCAACAUGGGGGACAAUGUACUGAUGGUUAUAAUAAUUAUACAUGUGAUUGUUCAGAUAUAUUUUUUCAUGGAUCAAAUUGUGAAACACCUGAUUCUGAUCCAACAAAAAAUCAACGUUCAGCUGCAUUUUGGACUGUUUUUGGUGUUGUAUGUUGUUUAGUAGUAUUAUUAACAUUAUCAGAUUUACCAUGGGAUGAAAUAUCUGCUUCUAUUGAAUGUCCAUGGUAUCGUUUUAAAUGUUGUUUAAAUCAUGAUGAUGAUGAUAUUGAUAUGAAUAAUUUUCGUUUACCUGAUUCACCUACAAAUGAAAAUAAUUUAAUAAUAAAACAAAUUAUAAUGCCUGGUACAACAAAUAAAGGAAUUAAUUAUCAUAUUAUGAAUACAGUAUGGAAUCCAGAACAAUUACGUAAUGAAAUUCCAUCAAAUCCUCAAUCUAAUGGAUAUCGUUCAUUAGAUCAAAGUAAAACACCUGAUAAUACACAUAUUCGAUCGUUUGCUUCUGUAUUUAUGGCAAAACAAAAACAAAAAGAAUUAGAACAAAAACGUAUUUAUGCGGUUGAUAUAAAUGAACAAAAUAAUUCAACAUUAAAAACAAAAGAUCCAGUUGAGACAAUGAUUAGUUGGACACAACAAUUACAACAACAAUUAAAAUCUAAACAAUCUCGACCAACAAGUGCAAGUUCAACAAAAGAAUUAAUACAAAUGAAAGAUACAAAUGAAAAUUAA